UCUCUUCAUGGUGGUGUUCAUUUAAAAAUCUACCAUCAUUCGCAUAGGAUUGUGAUUAAUAAGUGUCCGCGGCUCUUGAAAUUUCUUUAGUCAGUCAGAAUCUAUCAAAGAGUAAACAUUUGAUUCGAUCCUUAAAUUCUAUAUUUAAAGUAACCCUCUCUCUCUCACCAAAGUAAAUUCUUUUCUUUUUUUUUCUUCUCAUUGUGGUUUUUUCCAUAUUCUUUUUUCCCUUCUCAAUUUUUCUCUUUUCCUUUUUAUCAAAAUGUCACAUUCAUUUGAACUUUCCAAGAUUGAAUCUAUCACCCGAGACCUAGUUUUAACUAAUGAUCAACUUGAAAAAGUCGCUUCCCUACUUUUAAAUGAGUUCAACGAAGGACUUGGCAAGACAACCCACCCCAGUGCCUCAGUUAAAAUGUUCCCCACUUAUGUGCGUGACGUGCCUAAUGGACGUGGUAAGUACGAGGAAGGUAAAUUUCUGGCCUUGGAUCUUGGUGGAACUAACUUCAGAGUCCUUCUAAUAGACAUAAAUGGUGACAAGUUUCAAAUGGAAAAUGAAAUUUAUGCUAUUCCUCAAGAAAUUAUGCUUGGAACCGGCGAACAGUUAUUUGAUCAUAUUGCUUCCUGUCUUGCUCAAUUCAUCGAGAAACGUGAGAUGAAAACUUGCCGGUUACCUCUUGGUUUUACCUUUAGUUUUCCCUGUAUUCAAGAGGGUUUGAUUCGUGCUAAACUUGUUCAAUGGACGAAAGGUUUUAAAUGUGCAGGAGUUGAAGGUAGAGAUGUAGUCCAACUACUUCGAGAUGCCAUUAAACGGCGAUCGGACAUUGACAUUGAUGUGAUGGCAGUUGUCAAUGACACCACUGGAACUCUAAUGUCAUGUGCCCAUAAAAAUCGUGAAUGUAGGGUAGGACUUAUUGUCGGCACUGGUACCAAUGCUUGUUACAUGGAAAAUCUCGACAAUGUUGAACUAUGGAAUGAGGAAGUAGACGAUCCACGUCAAGUGAUUGUCAACACAGAAUGGGGAGCCUUUGGUGACAACGGAGUAUUAGAUUUCAUCAGAACACAGUGGGAUGAAGAAAUCGACGUCAAUUCACUCAAUCCCGGAAAGCAAUUAUUUGAAAAGAUGAUUUCAGGAAUGUACAUGGGUGAACUAUGUCGAGUCAUAUUAGCUGACCUUACAAAGAGAGGACUAAUUUUUGGCGGGGAAGGAUCAUCAAAACUGUUUACUCCCUGGGGUUUUAAAACUGCUUACAUCUCGUUCAUUGAAAGUGACUCUAAACACAGUUACACCGAAACAAGAAAAGCAUUAGAAGAAUUAGAUCUAACCAACGUUUCAAAUGAAGAUUGUGAAGCUCUUAAACUUGUCUCAGCUAGAGUAUCAACAAGAGCAGCUUACCUGGUCUCUGCAGCGGUGGCCACCAUCCUCAACAAAAUCCGCCGACCUCAUACCACCGUAGGAGUUGAUGGCUCCGUGUAUCGUUAUCAUCCACAUUUCCAUGAUUUAAUGGAAAGAAAAAUCGCCGACCUUGUUCAUCCAGAGUACAAAUUUGACCUAAUGUUAUCCGAAGACGGUAGCGGUAGAGGAGCAGCUCUAGUAGCCGCCGUGGCCGUACGUCAACCAACCAGGUAACCAUCUCAAAUAAUCUAUACAAAGCAGAAAAUUUAACAACAAAAUAAAUCAAUUCAUAUAUAUAUAUAUAAAUAUAAGUGUAUGUGCAGGAAACAUCAUCAACAAAAAAAAAAACAGGUCAAUUUAUCAUUUUUCAUGAGUGCGAAUUCAACAAGAAAACAAAAUUGCAUCAAACGCGUUUAAAAAAAAUCAACAUAAAAUGCUCAUUGUGUUAGGAAUCCAUUUAUAUUAUAUUAUCAUCCAUCAAAACUUUUUGAGUCAUAAUCACAUAUACCUACUUAGUUAUAUAGUUUGUAAUUUGUAUUUAAAUGGUUUUAUAUUAAAUGUUUAUCUCUCUUUAUCUUAA